GGCGACCGAGGGAUGUCCUUACACCGGCGUGGGUGGGCAUACGCUGCAGGCCCUCAGGCUGUGGGAUCAGUGUCGUUUUUGCACGUUGGAGGAGGGAGGAAGGCGGACAUCCUCCUCUUGCUGUUGCUAUUGCUCCAGAGGAACUCGCUGAAGCCUUGCCAGUUGAUGUCUACCGUAUGAUUGGUGGCUCGCGGCUGAUGGGAGAAAGGGAGAUGGAGAGACGACAAUCUGGCCACCGAGGGGAUGACAACCCUCUUGCCACGCGUCAUCUGCAGUCUGUCGUACGGAACCACGCAUCUGCCACGUCAGGGAACAGCUGCCGUGAAGAUAUGGUGACACAGAGAAGAGUGGCACGCUCCGGCGUCGGGCCGGUUCGAAGCCCUCUGCUCGGUUCUCUGCUCCGUCAACAGAGCAGCCGCAUGGUCCUCCUCAUGCUGGCUAUGGUGGUGGCAAUCCUCAGCAGCAGCAGCAACUCCGGAGGUCAGGCGCGAUGGAGGGUCGCAGCGCAAAUCGGCCCUCCCAAUCUGUCUACUUGCGGCCAGGCUGCCGACUGCUGCAUGGUCCGUCCGACCGUCGCAGCCACUGCAUUUGCAGUCAACAACUCCAUUCCGCUGCACACUCGGCAAGCUCUGCAGACCGCCCUGCAGAGCACGACGUACGUSACGCGGAUCAAUGCCGCCUACAGAAGGCUGCGCAGCUUGAACAGCUCGGAUCCGCGCAGUCUGGAGCAGCAGAGGAGGACACACUGCGCAUUCUGCUCCUUUCCCCCAGCCUACGGAGACGCCUUCCAGGUGCACAGCAAUUGGUACUUCCUGCCAUGGCACAGGAUGUACCUCUACUACCACGAGAGGAUCCUGGCRUGGGCCUCGGGAGACAGCGCAUUCGCGCUGGGGUUCUGGAACUGGGACAGYAGUACCGGUCGUGCUUUCCCAGCGGCUUUCAGAGCCACCAACUCCUCCUUGUACACASCCAAUCGUGCCUCARCAACCAGCAUMRCCAACGGCGUUCUACWAGCGACGACUACGGAGAUCAUGAGAACGAAUGUCCGCGAUGCUGGCCAGUCGACGUUCUUCGGCGGGUCGACAAAUGGGAAUCCCGGGAGUCUGGAGUGGACCAGUCACAACGGGGUACACAAUGCAGUUGGCCGACCUCUUGACGGCCGUGAGAUGGSUCGGCUGGAGUGGGCUUCMUUGGACCCCAUCUUUUACGCCCAUCAUGCCAACGUCGACCGUCUGUGGAGCGUGUGGCUGGGACUCUCCGGGAUCCGCGCAAACCCCACCAGCACGGCCUGGCUCGAUUCCGCCUACACCUUCUACGACGAGAACGCGAGGGCCAGGACGAUACGUGUGAGAGAUGUGCUGAGCACGUCGGGCAAUCUUAGGUACUCGUACCAGGCUGUGACGAACACGUGGGUAACUGCACGUAGGCGCAUGUCUCGACUUCUGUUGCAGACAGCUCCCCCCCCCUCUCCACCUCUUUCUAAUGUUAGCUUGUCCACGAACUCAGGGCCGGUGGUGCUUGCGAGUGAGAACGACCGCGUGUCUGUAGCUCUGAGCUCGCCCUUGUCUGGCCCCGAAUCGACGGCUCGCCCGCUUAUCAGGCUGCAACAGCUGCGGUUCGACGCUAGCCGGCCGCUCGUCUUACACGUGUUCAUCAAUCAGCCCGACGCGACGGUCGACACCCCAAGAUCUGGAAAUCCAAACUACGUGACGUCCCUGUUCAGCAUACUGGGGGGGCCAUCCUCCAUGUCCGUGAAUCUGAAUCUCCCGAUCACAGGCGCCCUUGGCAGAAGCAGAGUGCCCGUCACUAGCCCCAUCUCCGUCCAAGUGGUGCAGGAUACCAGCCAAACGCAGGCUCGACGGGUUUCGUUCCAGGCCAUCGAGUAUACAAGAGUGACAGGGCCGUAGCCUUGUAGGAGAAAAUCGCAUGUUUCUCUUCAUCAGCCUCUCUCUCUCUCUCUCUCUCUCUCUCUCUCUCUCUCUCUCUCUCUCUCUCUCUCUCUCUCUCUCUCCCCGCUAGCGAGCGAGCGUACGAGGGGGAAAGGGAGGGAACGAGGGAGCGUGCUAUGGCUCUCUCUGUCUGUACACUUAUGUAAGUGUAUGUAUACGGGGUGUUGAGUGCAUGAUAAGUGGAUAUGAUGGAGACAUUAGAAGACAUUGGGGCUCCACCUCCUUUUUGCAUCCGAAAGAAUACCUGGGAUUUUCGGUUUUCGGUCUCUCUCUCUCUCUCUCUCUCUCUCUCUCUCUCUCUCUCUCUCUCUCUCUCUCUCUCUCUCUCUCCCCCCCACGCACACACACGCUAGCGAGCGCGCGAACGAGGGAGGAAGGGAGGGAGCGAGGCAGCGAGGUCGAGAGCGAGCGAGCUAUGGCUCUGCCUGUCCUUACACUUAUGUACAUCUAUAUAUAACUUAAUAAUAUAAGGGGUGCUGGGGGUUCCACCUCCUAUUUGCAUCCGAAAGAAGACCUGGGAUUUUCGGUUCUCUCUCUCUCUCUCUCUCUCUCUCUCUCUCUCUCUCUCUCUCUCUCUCUCUCUCUCGCUUGCUUUCUCUCUCUCUCUCUCUCUCUCUCUCCACACACACACACACACACACACACACUAGCGAGCGAGCGAACGAGGGAGGAAGGGAGGGAGCGAGGCAGCGAGGUCGAGAGCUAGCGAGCUAUGGCUCUUCCUGUCUUUUCAAGUAUGUACAUCUAUAUAAGGUGCUUGGUGCAUGAUACGUGGAUAUGAAGACAUGGAAAUACAUUGGGGCUCCAUCUCCUAUGUGCAUCAGAAAGAAGGCCUGGGGCUUUCGGUUGUAGGUCACUUACACUGAACGAAAGAUUGCCCCUUUUCUGUUAGCAAAGAUGAAGGAAAGGCAGGAUAUUUCUGAUUGAGUAAAUUUUCGUCUGUUUG